CUCAAUUCCCAUUAAAAGUUGUGAUGAAAUAGCUGGCUCGCACCAGUGUUGCCAUCUAUGUAGCCACCAACUCUAACAUUGGUCUUACCAAGCUUGAUUUCAUCUUCUCCACUCUAAUUGUUAGCUUCAUUCUCAUUUUCCUGCUGACAUUCUAUAUUCAGAGGCUGCCCUCUUCUCCACGGUCCAUGCCCGGAAAUUAUGGUGUACUAUGGGGUGCAUACCUAGAGUGUAAGGGUAUAUCAGGAAAUUCAAUAACUUUUUAAACUUUUCUUAAUCUCCGUGCUCGGUCAAACGGGGAAUCAUAAUUUGGGACUGAAGGAGUAUAAAAGUGUCCUCUAAAUGGCCUGUAAAGCUUCAUUAAGUUAACUAGAAACAUGAAUAUAAUGGGACCGAUGCCAUUAUAUUAUGAUCUUGAGUGAGGGAGUAGAGGUGGCACUUGUAACUUUGGCAUGCACUAGUUGACCAUGCUUAGCCUGAUGCGUACUUUGAGAAAAAUAUAUAGCAAUGAUUAGACCGGAGUAUUGGAUAAGCUAAUGUUUUCUGUCAAGAAAGUGACAUAGAUUUAGUAGAACAUUCAAUCAGUUCAGAAGAUGGUGAUACCCUCUUUGCCCGCCUUGAACUUUGUGACUUAAUUGCUCAUUAGUUGGGACGAUUCCUCUGAACAAAGCCUUCUGAUGUUUUAUUCAUCCAUCAACUAUGCAUCUAUAUUUGCAUGUUGCAGGGAUUGAUUUUGUUUUCCAAUCCGGAUGCAAUUGGUGCGAAAAAGUAGUCUGAAGCGGCUCCUCAUAAGGCAUGGUGGAAGUGAUGGUUUACACGCAUAUGUUCAUUCACUUGAUGAUGCAGUUAGUGAUACGAAAAUGUUCCUCAUAAAGGUUUUAGCAGAUAAUAAUAAUGAUAAUAAUCGUGGAAGACCUAAAUGCUUCUUCUUUGGACAUUCAACAGGUGGAGCCAUCGUCCUGAAGGCUGCACUUGACCCCAAGGUCAGUGCCCUCAUAUCUGGCAUUGUGUUGACUUCGCCUGCUGUAGGAGUUCAGCCAUCGCAUCCCGUUGUUACAGCUCUAGCUCCAGUAUUCUCCAUGUUGCUGCCAAGAUAUCAGUUUAGUGCAGCUAACAAACGGGGUAUAGCAGUUUCUAGGGAUCCUGAGGCCUUAGUGGCUAAGUACUCAGAUCCAUUGGUGUUUACUGGAUCCAUCAGAGUAAGAACUGGGUACGAGAUUCUUCUGAUAACCACGUUCUUGCAAACGAAUCUCAGCAGGUUGACUGUUCCGUUUCUAGUUCUUCACGGUACCUCUGAUUUGGUCACUGACCCUGAAGCUUCUAAGAGACUGUACGAAGAAGCCUCAUCAGCUGACAAAACGAUCAAACUAUAUGAAGGUCUGUUGCAUGAUCUGUUGUUCGAACCGGAAAAGGAAGAAGUGGCAAAUGAUAUCAUUCAAUGGCUAAACAGGAGAUUGUGAGGCUUGAUCAGUUUCCAAGAUUGGAAUGCUCCCCCAAGACAGACUGAUAUGUUUACUUAAUAUCGUCUGGUGGUGGUCGUUAAAGUUGCAUCCUGUGGUUUUGGUACCGGAAUAAAUUUAGUGUAGUCUCUAGUACGUACCCCAUGGGGUACCAAACCACACCGAGAGGAAAGGAGGCAAUCCUUUCCUUUUAAACUAUAUUCCUUAUGGGAAGUGAUAUUGACAUUUCAAAAGUUUUCAUGACUCUCCAAACCCCAUAUUUUAAGACAAAAUAUCCUUUUUUAAUUCUUCCGAACUUGUUGUCAUAGGUUUUGUUGUGAAUAUAAAAAUUUGGAGUGCUCAAUACCUUGGGAGGAGAAUAGAAGGCUUUCAUCUUU